AAAUGGUUGGUAAAUUUAUAAAGAAAAGGAUAAAUAACAAUGGGCUGUAAUUUCAGAACGGUUUGAAAGCGGGGUCUUCGUGAGACACAGCCUACAUUAACCGUGAUGCUUUGCAUCAGCGAUGCUUCCUGAUUUCAAACGAUGAUUGUGGUGCUCAGCAGGGGCACCGACUGAAGGGGACGUGUGAGCGCUGGAGGUGGUGCGCGUGAAGCAGAAUGGAGGGUUCCAGGCAUCGGUUCCUGCAGCUUUGUAAGGAAGCCGGUGUGGAGCCUCAGGAAAGUGUUGCAGCUCGGCUCCAGGAGAGCGGGACUGCUUCAGGGUCCAGCCUGGACCUGAGUGGACAAAGAUUGUCUGAAGAUACCUGCUCAGUGCUGGGCAAGUUCUUCCACGGCAACAGCGGCCACGCCGAGGUGUCGCUGAGCGACUGCAUGCUGAGUGAGGAAGGUGCCAAAGUGCUCCUCGCCGGACUGUCUGCCAACACCAGUGUCAAAGUGCUGGAUUUGAAGGGAAACAACCUGAGGUCAUCAGGAGCUGAGAUGUUGGGGAAGUUACUGGCGCGGAACAAAACUCUGCGCAGGCUAGUGUUGGAGUGGAAUGCCGUGGGCGUGUGGGAUGAAGCUUUCUCACUCUUUUGUGAUGGUUUGGCUGUCAACAGCGUCCUGACACAUUUGGAUCUCCGCAAUAACCAGAUCAGCCACCGUGGCACAUCUGAACUCGCUCUGGCAGUCAAAUGCAACAGCACCCUGGAAGUUCUCGAUCUGAGGUGGAACAAUGUGGGUCUGCUAGGUGCUCGGUCCCUUCUGGAAGCACUGCAGAAGAACAAGAGCAUCGUGCAGCUGGAGCUGACAGGAAACAACAUCCCCAGUGACACCCUGAGAGCACUUGAGCAGACCACAGAGCGAAACGCAGACUGUCAGUCCACCCUGAAGGAGAGCCGCACCAGGACCCGGGUCCUCAGCAAGGAGAUUCAGAUCCUGCAGGAGGAGAAGGGCCGCCAGUUCUUGAGCCUGAUGAAUACCAUCGACCAGCAGAGAGAGGACCUGGGAUGCUCCCGUAGGUCAGCCUCCAGUCAGAUCAGCCAGCUGCAGGAUGCCCUGAACCAGAGAAAGUCUACUGUUAACUCUCUGACUGCCAAGCUGCAGAUGCUGGAGGCCGCCCUCGCCCUGUCUGAGCAGAAAAACCACAACAUGGAUGAUCUGCUGGUGCGCCUGAAGGUGGACAGCGAUGGUCAGAGGGCUGAGUUCAGCAGAAUAAGGAAGAAGGAGCAGGAGGAGAGCGCACUGAGAGAAGAGAAGCUCCACGAAGAGGUCCAAAGCCUGACAGAAGCCAACUGCCAGCUGAGGAAGAAGGUGGAGGAGGUGGAGUGCCGGAGUAAGUCUCAGCAGGAGCAGAUCUUUGAGUUGAAGCAGGAACUGACCAAUAGCACAGCUGAACUCCGGCUGCGACUGGCUCAGGCAGAAGAUCGUGUGGAUGUGGAGAAGCGCAGGUCCAAGCAGGCCCUGGAGAACAUGGAUGGUCUUCGACAGAAAGAGGUGGAGCAUAUUACUCGCCAUUUAGAAGAGGCCGAGAGGACUUUACAAGAACGCAUCUUGAAACUAGAGGGACAGCGACUCCAACUGGAGGAGGAGGUGAGCAGAGCCAAAGCAGUGUGCGCAGCAGAGAGAGUCCAGGCGGACGAGGAUGUCAACAGAGUCCGAGCUCAGCUGCGCCUGGAGGAGCAGCAGCAGCGCACAGUUUGUUUGGAGGAGAAGCUUCGAUCGGCACGUUCAUCUCUGCAGGAGGUGCAGCUGCACUGCUCUCAGCAGAAACAGAUCACUGCCGAGCUGCAGGCGAAGACCAGCCAGCAGCUCGCUGAGAUGGAGCGCCUGCGACGCAGGAUAGAGGAGCUCCAGCAGGAGCUGUCCGGUAAGGAGCAGGAGAAGGUGGCCGAGCUAAGCCAAGUGAGGGUGGAGCUGCAGGAGCAAAUUGGACACUUGCAGGCAGAGAGGACGGCCCAAGCAGGUCUUAAAGAGAAGAUCAGUGCCCUGGAAAGACAGAUGAAAGUUCUCAGCAAUAACCACCGUGAGGCACUACUGGACAAAGACAGUGAGAUGUCGUCUUUGCUGGAGAAGCUCCGCCUGAAGGAAGCAGAGAUCCAGAGGAUGAGGGCGGAUGAGGCGCACAGAGCCACGUACCUGCAGAACGCCGUGCUCGCUUACGUUCAGGGCUCCCCGCUGGCUCACUGCAGCAGCCCCAAGAAGUGACCCCCUCACGCCUGACCCUGUGACCCCUCAUAAUUAUCACCUUUCAGUCAUGGAGUGUACACAAGCUAGUUAACACGUAGCUGUGAAGGAAACGUCUCUGCAGGACGCAACGAUUAUGAAAGAGAUUGACCGGAAGAGUCAGUCAGAUGUUAAAGUUUGUUACCCCCACUGGAGUGACGCCGCUUAAAAACCUUUUUCUUUCACUCCUCGUCUGUAUCACUUUUACAGGUGUCACCGACCAAACGGCUCCCCCCUAAAAAUCGGUCCCCCUGCCUUCACUGCACAUGCGUCACUUCAAUGCAUCAGUAGCGAUGCACCAAUUAUCACCUCAUUUCUGCUUAAAACUGAUUUCAGAAUGAUUUAAGAGAUUUUAUUUUGUCAUCUGAUGAUUAAUAAUCACAUUAUUCCCUUUGAUCUCUUUGGGUG